ACUGUUCUCAAUGGGAAAGAGAACCAUGGUGAAGAGACAGUGCAUGAGGAGAAUCCCAAUUCCUGUGAACUUGAUUAUGGAAGUUACUGCCUCUGGUCUGUUGAACAUAAGGAAGCAAUGAAAGAUGCUAUUGUGAAGAAGCUUAAAGAUCAAUUUUUUAUGGCAAGAGCUCAUUAUCCUAGUGUUGCAAAACUGAAGAACCAGGAAAAGUUUACACGUGAACUGAAGCAAAACAUCCAAGAACAUGAACGCAUGCUCAGUGACGCCAUUGCAGAUGCUGAUCUUCCACCAUUUUUUGAAAAGAAGCUAGAGAAAAUGGAGCGCGCAAUUGAGAGAGCCAAAUCUUGUGAAGUAGGUUGCUCAAAUGUUGAACGGAAACUUAGGCAGCUACUUGAUCUAACUGAAGAUGAAGCUUAUUUCCAUACAAGACAGAGUGCAUUUCUAUAUCAUCUUGGUGUCCAGACUAUGCCGAAAACUCACCAUUGCUUGAACAUGAGACUGACAGUAGAAUAUUUCAAAUCCACAUCAAUUCGCAUGGACCAGUUAAAUAAGAAGAAGCUUGAAAGUCCUACCUUCCAUCACUGCGUAAUAUUUUCCAGGAACGUACUUGCAGCUUCAACCACUAUUAAUUCAACAGUUAUAAACUCCCAGGAUUCUGGCAGCAUUGUUUUCCAUUUGUUCACUGAUGCGCAAAAUUUUUAUGCGAUGAAGCAUUGGUUUGACACAAAUUCAUACUUGGAGGCAACUGUUCAUGUAACUAACAUUGAGGAUCACCAGAAGCUCUCUAAGGAUGUAGAUUCUCUUGAGUUGCAACAAUUAUGGCCUGCAGAGGAAUUCCGUGUCACAAUUCAUAAUCAUUCUGAACCUUCCCACAGGCAGAUGAAAACCGAGUACAUAUCUGUUUUUGGCCAUUCACAUUUCCUCUUGCCUGACCUUCUUCCUAGCUUGAAUAGAGUAGUAGUUCUGGAUGAUGAUUUGAUUGUUCAGAAGGACUUGUCAUUUCUGUGGAACCUCAACAUGGGUGAUAAAGUGAUUGGAGCUGCCCAGUUCUGUGGAGUUAGAUUAGGUCAGCUGAGAGCGUAUAUUGCGGAACAUAGAUUCAACACCAAUGCAUGUUUGUGGUUGUCUGGGCUGAAUAUUAUUGAAUUGGAAAAAUGGAGGAACCGCCGCAUUACUGGUUUGUAUGAUCAGUUACUCCAAAAGUUGCAAAAGAACAGCCUGACAUCACAGCGACUCAAAGCACUCCCUGUAAGUUUACUUGCCUUUCAAGAUCUGAGAUAUCCUUUGGAAGACUCAUGGAUCCAAUCAGGUCUUGGACAUGAUUAUGAAAUUAGUCGCGUCGAUAUAGAAAAGGCUGCUACUCUGCACUACAAUGGUGUCAUGAAACCUUGGCUAGAUUUGGGGAUACACAAUUACAAGAGAUAUUGGAGGAAGUACAUGACUAAUGGGGAGAGAUUCAUGACAGAAUGCAAUAUUCAUUCAUAACAGGGACAUGAUAUGCACCAAACACUGCAUUUGUGGGCAUUUGAGCUACAAACCUCAUGAACUUGCUUAAACAAAGGAAUUACGAUGAGCGGAAAUGGUUAUGAUGAAUCAAAUACCUCUGAUAAGACAAUGCUCCCGCAAAAGGAGGAUAAACUGAAAUGCUUUCUGCAAAAAUCGGCCAAUUUUUGGCAUCUAAGGUGUGAGAAGGACCUUGGAAGAAUGAUGUCUGCGAGAGUACGAGUAGCCUGUCGGCGAGUUCGCCGAUGCUGACCAAGAGCAAGACCUUGGAAGAAUGAUGUUGAAGAGGGCUUGCUGUUUAGUUGUUAGUUGUUACCGGACAUGAUUAAGCAAUAAGCACGAGUUGGACGCAGAUUAGGACAUGUUGGUGCAUGUUUCUCUUUUUUUUAAAUUAGUAAGGAGACCCAUGUUAAUAGGUUAGUCCACUGUAAUAU